CCAUUAACAUUAUUCAAAAUGGCUGCGCCCUUACCGGAUAGCACACAUGGGUGUAUAGAGAGUAUGGGAUCAAUGAAAGCUGUAUCAUCCGCUGCUCCUCUUGCCCUUCGCAUCGUAGCGGAGUGUCCCGUGAGCAAAGCGCGAGCAUGCAGUCUGUCCCUUCCCCACAGUACUGUCAAUACCCCGGUGUUCAUGCCGGUGGGCACUCAGGGGACCCUGAAAGGAAUCACCGUGGACCAACUGGAGGAUCUAGACUGUCAGAUUUGCCUGGGAAACACGUAUCACCUGGGUAUGAGACCGGGUCCCGAGUUAAUAGCGAAAGCCAAUGGAUUGCAUGGAUUUAUGAACUGGAAAAGAAACCUUUUAACGGACAGCGGUGGCUUCCAGAUGGUGUCUCUAGUCGAGUUGUCUGAAGUGACGGAGGAGGGGGUCAAGUUCCGUUCCCCUUAUGAUGGAAAAGAAAUCCUGCUCACCCCUGAGCAAUCCAUCGCCAUACAGAACAGCCUGGGAUCAGACAUCAUGAUGCAGCUGGAUGAUGUGGUCAGCAGUACAGUGAAAGGGCCACGGGUGGAGGAGGCCAUGCACCGUUCUGUGCGCUGGCUGGACCGCUGCAUCGCAGCAAACAAGAACCCAGAGCGACAGAACCUGUUCGCCAUUAUUCAAGGAGGGCUUGAUGCAAAACUGCGCAAGGCCUGUUUAGAUGAAAUGACAAAGCGUGAUGUACCUGGUUUUGCCAUUGGUGGUUUGAGUGGUGGAGAGGAGAAGGAUGACUUCUGGAAGAUGGUGACUCUAAGCACAGACCACCUGCCCAGGGAAAAACCCCGCUACCUCAUGGGAGUUGGCUACGCACUAGACCUGGUGGUUUGUGUUGCCUUGGGUUGUGAUAUGUUUGACUGUGUUUUCCCAACUCGAACAGCUAGAUUUGGCUCUGCUUUGGUUCCCUGGGGAUCUCUGCAGCUCAAACAGAAACAGUAUGCUAAAGACUUCCAGUCGAUUGAUCCGGACUGCCACUGUCCCACCUGCAGGAGACACAGUCGGGCUUACCUCCACGCCCUGUUCAAGAGCGACACUGCAGCCAUGCAUCACAUCACCAUCCAUAACAUCUCCUACCAGCUCAACCUCAUGCGUUCAGUGCGUCAGAGCAUCAUAGAGAAGAAGUUUCCAGAGUUUGUGAAAGCGUUCAUGAAGAGGUUGUUCCCAUCGAGUGAGCAGUACCCCAGCUGGGCUGUACAGGCGCUACAAUCCGUAAACAUCAAGGUCAACUAAGUGGGAAGAAGGAAUACUGUGAAUUUAGCAUUUUAAAAGGACAUGCUGUUUUUUUUCUUUUUUACAGGAUUCAUUGUUUUGUGUUUCUUUUUUAUAUAGUUUUUAAUACUGUAACUGUUUUGAACAAAAUAUGUGAAUAUGUGAAAAAUC